AUGACAGUGUCAGAGCUCGUCAUGGCGAUCUCCGGUCAUCGUAAUCAAGUUCGCCUCAGAAAUUACAUCGGCCGCACAGCGAGAGAAGGCCACAUCAGUCUUACGGCGCUGUCAUCCCGAGCAAUCCUAAUGUUCCGGUAAAUUCGGCUGUCGUUCAUUCAGGAAACACACGCUUGAACAUUUUGUUUUCUAACUAUCACGUGAUAAAACUUACGUAUUUUUAAGAGCCACAAUGGGGCCGGAUUUCACUGAAUAUUUCACUUUCAGAAUCUGUCUUAAAGACUAAAAAGUGUCAAAUUCGACCUGCCGAACGCGCAGAAGGUGAACUUUGAUGGUUUGACAUUUUUGACAGCCUUAGUCUUGUACAGCCAAUCAGAUUAUUUGAACCAUUCUAACGGGGAUUCUGAUUGGCUUAUUGUAGCAAGCUUUGUGAAAGUAUUGAGCAUGCUGACGACACUGUAGUUCUCUUUAGAACUAAAGUUUGUUUUGAAAAUUGAAAGUAAUACGUGGGGAAUUUAACAGAUUCUUUAUUAUAUUACAAAUAGAGAAGCCUUGACUGUGCUCUGUUUUCUUGUGUAAAGCACGUAGGAAGCAGCUAGAGCACGAAAGAAGUAGGGAGAAAUACUCGACUACGUCUCGUGUUUCUCCCUACACUUCUUUCGUGCUCUAGCUGCUUCCUGCGUGCUUUACAACAGAACAGAGCACAGUCAAGGCUUCUCUAUUUGUUAAUUGUGCGAUAACUUUUUUUUUCUGAGGAAUCACCUUUUCAAAAAAUUCUGACUACAUGCAAGGUAAACAACCAGCUCCCGAGGCUAAGCUAAGUGCCUAUUUAAUGUAGCUUAAGAAAGUUCUUCCUUAUUCGCAAACGAUUAAUGUUGAGAUUACGACUGUUUUUGGUUUUUUUUAGAGGGUCUGUUCUUCUCCACGAGAACUCCGCCGAGUUUGCAAAAUUGGAAAACUACAAUUGCAUAGUUCUUUUUAUUAA